GCCACCACCACCCCCCCCCCGCGCCGCCCAUCCUCGCCGCCUGGCGCCCCAGCUGCCCGCGGUCUGGGUCCCCGAGGUCGGAACCGCCUGGGCCGGGCCCCCGAACGAGGCAGAGAUGACUUCCAAGGAGGACAGCAAGGCGGCGCCGGGGGAGGAGCGGCGGCGCAGCCCUCUGGACCACCUGCCGCCGCCCGCCAACUCCAACAAGCCGCUGACGCCGUUCAGCAUCGAGGACAUCCUCAACAAGCCGUCCGUGCGGAGAAGUUACUCGCUGUGCGGGGCGGCGCACCUGCUCGCCGCUGCAGACAAGCACGCACCGGGCGGCUUGCCCCUGGCGGGCCGCGCGCUUCUCUCGCAGACCUCGCCGCUGUGCGCGCUGGAGGAGCUCGCCAGCAAGACCUUUAAGGGGCUGGAGGUCAGCGUCCUGCAGGCGGCCGAAGGCCGCGAUGGGAUGACCAUCUUUGGGCAGCGCCAGACCCCCAAGAAGCGGCGAAAGUCACGCACAGCCUUCACUAACCACCAGAUCUACGAGCUGGAAAAGCGAUUCCUGUACCAGAAGUACCUGUCCCCGGCAGAUCGCGACCAAAUCGCGCAGCAGCUGGGCCUCACUAACGCCCAGGUCAUCACUUGGUUCCAGAACCGGCGUGCCAAGCUCAAGCGGGACCUGGAGGAGAUGAAGGCCGAUGUAGAGUCUGCCAAGAAACUGGGGCCCAGUGGGCAGAUGGACAUCGUAGCACUGGCCGAACUCGAGCAGAACUCGGAGGCCGCAGGCGGCGGCGGCGGUGGUGGUGGCAGCAGCUGUGGCAGGGCCAAGUCCAGGCCAAACUCCCCAGUGCUCCCCCCAGGCCCCCCGCAGGCCCCUGGUGCUGGACCCUUACAGCUCUCCCCUGCCUCUCCACUCACAGACCAGCGGGCCAGCAGCCAGGACUGCUCAGAGGACGAGGAAGAUGAAGAGAUCGACGUGGACGAUUGAGUCGCGCCCCAUCUUCUGCCACCCCGAUCCUCUAGCGCCCGCCCGAGCACCAACGGCCUCCCGGACCUGACAGCUGAGGGGAGCUGGGACCUCCUCCGCAGCGCCUGUCUCCUUCCUUGUCCCCAGGCCUGGACUCCCUGCAGCCACCUCUUCCCUCUUGAAGCAAUAAACCUGGGCCGGCUGGCCGGCUGGCCGCUGCAAGAGGCCUCCGCCGUCCUGGGAGCCCUCGCUGUGCAAAUCUGUAUGGCGUCUGUAUAAAUAUUGAAACCUAUAUAGCAGAUUCUUCUCGCCACAGCCUGGAUUUUUUCUUUCUUUUAUUUUUUUAAAUACCAGAUAUUUCGAUGUUUGUAAAGCUGUUUGGCUGCCAGGCUGGCUGAGGGUGAGGCAGAAUUGAGAACGGGACGGGAAUGCAAACCCUGCGACUGCGAAAAGGGGCCGUGCUGGCUGUUUCGGUUUUUCUCUGCAUGCUACGAAUGCACUGGCCGGCUCCCUCCUUUCCUCCCUGGCCUGUGGCAGCUGCCCUUUCUUUCAUUCUGCCCUUUUUCCCUGCACAGGAAGAGAGUGAGGGGGCAGCCAGGUCCCGACUUGCAAGUUUCAAAAUCGAUCUUUCCUUCCCCACACCAGAGAACUGUGUUCGAUGCCAUUUCUGCCUCCUGAUGCCCACUAACGCUAUUUUUAGGAUUCUUCCCUUUUUCCUGCAUUUUCUCAGACUGAUUGCUGGAGUCUGGUUCUUAAUGACAAAGCAGGGGGACAUUCAAUCUACCAUCCAUCAGAAACAGAACCCAAAGUCCUAGAAUUAUUUUUUACUCUUUUUAGAAUUUUUUUGCAUGUGACAGAGACAGAGAGGAAGCCAACCCAAGUCUUCUUCCCAACCUCCUCUGCAGCCCAAAUCUCUCCUGCCGUCUCUAACACCCUACUCCUAGCUGGACUUGGCCGGGAAAGGGUGGCCUGAUGAGGAUGGGUCCUGUGUGCCCCUUCCUACUCUGUCCGGCCCUCUCCUCUGCGGACUGUACCCAAGGUCUCUUUCUCCGAUAAAUAAAGUCUUUGCCAUUUUACUAGAA